UCCCGUUCCAUGGUAAAUGUGGCUUAGCGAGUAUACUCGCCCCUUGAUAGCUUUGUGCAGCCGCCAGACCCAAGCCAUUCACGUGUGCACGCUAGCGUAGAUCAGUCUUCGGAAGCCGCAUAACAGCUCGACCUGCCGCACCGUCCUCGCUGAUUCCAACCCCAUCGCACUACUACCACGUACAUAAAGCCUGCUCGACUUCCGCGCUGUCGCGUCAAGUACGACUGCACCACACGCAAAGCAACAGCCGACCUGCUUUCUCGACACAGCACUGUACCUCAACGACUACACUCUUGUCGCGGCAUUGUACCUGGUGAAUCCUAGUGCUCCCGAUUAGCGCAUGCUUUCACCCCUGUUGUGCGUUGGCUGAGCCCACCCCACAUCGCGCCACCUGAAACAGGAACAUCGUCAAAGGACAUCACCGCUCACCUUUCCGAUCGUAUCUGUCUCGCACAUACUUCAAUCGAUCGCGACAAAUACUCAAACACCUUGUAGCCGCCAUGACGAGAUUUGACGAAUUUCCUGCAGAGUUGCGCAACAUGGUAUACGAUCACGUUCUCCGCGAUCAUUAUACUCAACAAACUCACAACGCUCUUGCACUCUUCACCGUCUCAAAACAGGUGCAUCUGGAGUCCACAUCUUACUUCUACAAGAACAUCUGCAUCAGCAUCCACACCCCGUCGUCACCUACAAACAACAGCGCCACCGUGCUUCCUCCUAUCCCCGAUAGGUAUCUUCGAUUCCUAGGUCGACUCGCCGUGAAUGCCACGAUUGGGAGAGCGGGUUUGGGAAGAGAGCGCAAGAUCGCUGAUACAAUAGCAUCACUAGCUACCAUCGGCGCAGACUUCGAGGACCUGCACAUUCGCAUUCAAUCCUCCUUAUCAAGGCUUACCAAUUCACGCGUCGAUGACUCCGUACUGCACGCGAGCCAUCCCAUCACGGUUUCAUUGCGACGACUGCUCGAUUCCGGAGUGGCAAAACUUAUGCGCCUCGAUCUCCACAAUGUUUGGCUUGCGCCCGGUAUCGCCCAAGAACUUCACGUGCGAUACGGCACUCGACUCCAGUUCGUGGGUGACAGGAAUGCUGUUCUUGCCCCAUCUACCUUGGAAAGGUCUCUCACUGGCGUUUAUGCAGGCUCUCAUCUGACCACCUUAGGUGUCGAUGACGAGGUCAUGGCCAACUCUUGCUCGGACGAUGCGUACACUCCCCAGACUCCAGCUUCUCUUCCGUCUUCUAUCUGUUCAGCAUUCGAGGAUCUAGACAUGUUCUCCGUGACGUCGUUCGAUCUCCACUCAGAUACCACUGCCGACUACGAAGAGUCUACGGAGCACGCAAACGAAGGAUCGUUCUUCUCUGGCGCCGACAUCGAAGAAUGGGAGGCCUCAACACAGGCGGCAGACCAGGAAAAGCCGCAGCAUCAGUACGACAUCGAACUUGGCGAAGACGAGGAUGAGGAUGAAGAGAUGGAAGAUAUAUCGCAAGACGAUAUGGAGGCGAUAUUUGGCAAUCUGGAGGAGACCGCUCAUCACGUUGCGAAUGAUGCUGACAUGUCAUACAUGACUAACUUUGCGCCUGAGCUGCUGUUGACUCGGCACAAUCUUGGUCAUCUGAAAUGAGGCUCACACGGUACUACCAGGUCUCGCGAUAUGGCAUGUGUGGACUUCCCAUGAUGUCAGUGCGUCUUGUACGGCAACCAUGAUGAGGCAUGAUUGCAGCGAGCAAUAUCGCGUCCAGUUUGUGGUUAUGGUACCUUUCCUUUCUUCUGCAUUCAGCAUACAGCGAUCUUCAGCACCGAAGCGUACUUAUCGCGCCUCACACCAGCGAGUGCUAGCAUUUGUUAACGACGUUUUCUUUGUCUUUUUCGUGUAUCGGAUACCC